CAUCCAUGAGCGGCGUUGUUAUUGAGUGUCAAGUCUAAGCUAUUUGCGUGGAGCCUUUUAUGUCGUUUGCUAGAUAUCAUGGCUGAAAGACAAACGUCAGGAAUAGACAGAGAAUGGGAAAAGAUGAGGCCCCUCACAACGGAAGUGGCUAAAGUUCUGUUCCCACGCCGAAAUCGGCUUGCUUCUUUGCUAUACAGUGCGAAACUCCUUCGUGGAGACGAAGAAGAAGUAUUUGCGCGAUCGGAUAAGUCAGAAACAGAUCUAGCUGAGGACAUGUUGCGUAUUCUUCGUACACAAGGUCCUGGAUCAUUCCAUGCAUUCUGUGAAGUACUCUUACAAGUUGAAGAUGGCGCAUUAAGACAUGUAGAGAAGCUUCUUCGUCCAGACUCUCAAGGAUGCAGGCAGCGUACAGUUGGAGAAGAAAGGUUACACGAAACUUCACGUGGAAAGUUCGAUCCACCCCAAGGUUUAGUUUCUACUAAUACAGAGCGUUCCUGGCGUAAGGACUUUCAGUCUACGGUGAUGGCAAAGAAAACAAAAGAGAACAAUUCAAACAACAAGCGCACGGUCGUGCUGAUCGGUAGGACGGGAAAUGGAAAGUCAACCUGCGCUAAUGUCAUCGCGGGUUGUAACAGUGACGAUCCCGAACAACAGCUCUUCAGAGAAAGCGAUGGAGCCGAUAGUGAAAUGAGAGACAUUAUUCAGAAGAUGGUACGUGUCACGUGGAAUAAAACCGUAUACGAUUUGAACAUAGUUGACACAAUCGGGCUCGGAGAUACCUCAUUGUCUGAAGAGCAAGUGCUGAAACGUCUAGCAAAAGUUUGUUAUAUGUGCAAGGAAGGAUUGAAUGCUGUCUUCUUUUUAAUCAGUGGUAGACCGACAAAGCAAGACGCUUACGCAUGGGAUAUCAUUUCGAGAGUUAUUUUCACUCCAGAAAUAUGCAAGUGGACGACAAUCAUCCGAACCAAAUUUCCCCAAUUCAUGAAUCCUGAGAGGGUUUCUGCUGAUAUGGCUGUUCUGAAAAGGAACAAACCAGGCUACAGAGUCACGUCAAUGGUAAAGAAGGUACUGCACAUUGACAACCCAUCGUUACUUUACACAUUCGGACAGGAAACACGCGCCAAGUCACGAGAUAUGCUGCUAGCAGAAAUUGCUCUCUCUGACCAAGUUUACAAACCGGUAGAGCUAGAUCAAGUAAAUGAGCGCAUCUCGACUUACAUGGAAAAACAGUCUGAAGCAGACAAGAAAACAGAAAGCUGAUGGCGGAUUACGCAAAGAGGGAAGACGAAGCAGAAGCCGAACUCCUCCGCGAAAUGAACGAAAUGCUCAGUAAACUAGAUAUUGAGCAUCAUUGUGCUAGACCUCAACACUUUUGCAUAUCGUAAGCAUGCACUUGCGUUUUUGCAUGACAUUUCUGUAUUUGAAAGAUUAUUUAUAUUGUUGGUAUUAUAAGCGUUGCAACUGACUAUGUACAUGCUUGCAAUACAACCAUGUA